UCCAGGAUAAUGAAGUCUUCAGAGUCAGAAGAACAGUCGGUGUAAGUGUUGACUCUGAUGAUGACUGUCGCCCAGGCUUUUCAAUCAUCGGUCAACCGGAAGUCAUUCUGAGUAAACAGUACUGCACUAAACAGGACGAUCUACAUCUUUAAACAUAUGACGAUACUCCCGAUAUUUUUUAUAUCGAAUAAAUAAUUGUCGAGCCCUUUUUCCACCCUGAAGUACUUAUUUGAACAUGGCAAUGUUCGAUUAAUUCACGUGUUUUCAUACAUCACCGUAACAUCCGAGAACUAAGAGGUGGAAAUUAGUGGAGUUGUGGACAUGAAAAAUUUGAUAAAGAAACAUUGUAAAAACGUAAAGAUCUUUACGUAAUAGUACUAUGGCUAGGAUUCGGUCCUGACUUUGCAAUUUGAUGAGAAUGUGUAUAAACUUUGCAAAUGAUUAAAUGCUUUUUAACAUUCGCGGGAAAAUAUGAAAUUGACUUUAAUUUAAAGCCUUUAAGUAGCAAUUAAUUUGUUGCCUAGCAACUGCGCGUUCAUUCAACAUGGCGUUCGAAGGAACAACAGAUGAAAGUUGUCGAACAUUUUCUAGCCAACGUAUUGGAAAAAUUUGCGUGUUUACAGCGUGAUAUUAAAUUGCUGUGAGCAUUACAGGGAUAUGCGAGAGCAUCUAUGCAGAGAAAAGGAGAAAACGCAGUAUGUCCAGGGAGAUACGGCAAUUGUUAGACCAUGUAACAAGAUUACAAGCUUGUCUUGCGAUGUAUUGCAUGGCGAAAAUGACGACGAAACGUGUCACGUGGCCGCAAAUGAAGUGGUCAAGAGCAACAGCGAGGAACACAGCACCAUUUUGAGGCAACAUCGUCGAAAAUCCUUGGAUUUUGAGCAAGAAUUCACGUUUACACCAAAGCUGAAUUUAACAAGCGUGCGAAUGGCGAAAGGUCGCGCUGGCAAAGCCCAUUUGUGCAUUGAAAGGCGAACUCGAAACUCUCUGGUUGGUGAGGUUGAAAUGAAUUUCACGUUUAAACCGAAAGUGAGCAGCAAGAGUGAGAAAAUUGCCCAAAGCUUGAAAACAUCUUUCUUAGAAAGGCAAUUGAUUCACGUUGAAAGGCAGAAAAAAAUGUUAGACAGUCAAGAUGUAUCAAGCGUAUAUUUUUCGCAAAAAAAGCAUAGCAAACUUGUUCCUGUCGUACGAAAACACAAGACGGCAAUAACAACGUCGAGUGAAAUACAAAACAAUUCCAAAAAUACGAGGGACAGAAAGGCCGAUGACUAUGAAAGUGUCAAAGUGCCUGCCAACUGUUCGACAACGAAUGAACGACGUCAUGAACACGUGAUAGAACCCAUUGAGUCGCAUGCAAAUGCCCAAAAACUCUCAGAAAAGAUGCAUAUCAAGUCACCCUACGCAUGCCAGCAGGGAAUCACUUUACCUGCGCGAAAACACAACAGAUUGAGAACACAUCCAGGAGUGAGUAGGGAAAAAGACAUUUUGAUACUUGAAGACACGCCAAAAACAGUAAAGUUCAAAGAGAAACAUCGAAAGGUGGCGACCGUCCCGACAAAAUGUUCUCCGAUGUUUAGAAAACUAGAAGAUAUAAAACAUACAGCAGAUAAAGCCAUUAGAGAACACAAGGUGUACGUCUGCCAUGGACCUUACCCAGUUGUUCGCGCCUGUCUCCGCCGAAGGGGUUGGGUUGAAAAAUAUUUUAAAAGUUGUCAGACAGAGGUUACCAAUGAUAAGAAAAAAACGGCAUCCACUGACGAGGAGGAAAAUCAUAUGGAAAAUGCCGAGCAUGGUGGUUCAGAGGAUAUUGAUGGAUAUGAAAGUACAGAGGAGAAUGUGUGGUGUACUGGAAGCGACGAUGCCGAUGGUGAAUACAGUUUGCUGUCGCGAUUGUGCCGUAACGCCACCGCGUCCUUUUUCUGGUCCUGCAAGAGAGAUGACAUUGACUUCAAAUUCCUGAGAAAGGACCAAAUUGCUAAUCAUUUUUCGAAGGCAUAUUCAUUUACGACGAAGGUAGGUCUGUGCACUCACUUGAGAAAUUUAUCGUGGUUUGAAGGCGCUUCAUCCGACGAGUUCUUUCCACGCUGCCAUCGUUUGGGAGCCAGCGACGAAAAGGAAGCGUUUAUAGAUGAUUAUCGAUUAACGUCGGCAUGCAACAUAUUGAAAUUGCUAAUCAAACGUUCGAGCAAUGAAGUGACGACUUGCGAGAAAACCCCGUCUGCCGUCAAAUCAAAAUCCAUGAGAUCACUGAGUUCUGGUGUUCAUUCUAGAACCCAGGCCAGGCAGGCCUCUCCAACAGGUUCGACACGAUCGAGAUCCAGUUUGAAUUACGGAGAGCGAUAUUCGAGUAACGGUGUCGUGUCAUCGAGUGCCGUCGUACUUGCCUGGCGCGCUUGUCGACAAUUUAUUAUGUGUAGGAAUAAUGAGGACAUCGACAGCAAGUACGAGCACGCCAUGUUAACAGAAGACGACUGGAACAGCCUGGUUGGCUUUUACAAUCAGUUAAUUCACCCAGACAGCAGGAUAGAAGGAGGUGAAGAGUUUCUUGAAAAAAGUAAAAAAGUUCUCGAAGAGAUGCGCAAGUUGCUGCCUCAACUGGAUUUGGAUGGCGUCCGCAACGUGUGGAUCGUGAAGCCUGGCGCCAAGUCACGUGGUCGAGGCAUUAUUUGUAUGGACAGACUGGAUGAAAUUCUCAAACUGGUCAGCAGCACGGUAGCGAAGGAAAACAGAUGGAUAGUCCAGAAAUAUAUAGAAAGUCCAUUGUUGAUAUAUAACACAAAAUUCGACAUAAGACAAUGGUUCCUAGUGACGGACUGGAAUCCUCUCACGCUUUGGUUUUACAAGGAUUGUUAUUUUAGAUUCUGUAGUCAAGAAUUUACUUUAGAGAACUUUGAACCAUGUAUUCACUUGGCGAACAAUUCGAUACAGAAGCAUUAUCAAAACGGAAUUCGCGACGAAAGACUACCAGAAAACAAUAUGUGGAGUAGCGAAGAAUUCAAAGACUAUUUAAAGGAAAGAAACCAAAGUGCAUUGUGGGAAAACUUAAUAUAUCCCGGCAUGCGUCAGGCGAUUGUCUAUGCCCUAGAGUGUUGCCAGUCAACUGUAGAGGCAAGAAAGAACUCGUUCGAAUUAUACGGAGCCGAUUUUAUGUUGACUGAAGACUAUAAACCCUGGCUGAUAGAGAUAAACUCCAGUCCGGCUAUGGGAGCGAGUACUGCAGUGACGAAAAAACUUUGCGCGAACGUCAUUGAGGAUACCAUGAAAGUGGUUUUGGACAGAAGAGAAGACAAAAACUGCGACACUGGUCGAUUCGAAUUGGCUUUCAAACAGCCGUAUGUUGACGCGCCGCCAUACAUUGGAAUAAAUCUUGCAGUCAACGGCAAGUCCUUACUCGGGGCAAAUUCGCCGUAUCGUCGGCAAACGAGUGCAAAUCGUUUGGAAAAAAUGGCUCGCCUAAAAGGAAAAAAUCUCACAACAAACGCAAAACACGGCGAUGACAGCUUGACGGUAAACACCGAAGGUUCGACGGUGUCGAACGAAGAUAGCCCGAAGGAGGGUGCCACUGAGGGAAAAGAAAACGAAGCGAGGCUUGCCGAGACAACCAUGAUAAAAACGAAAGAAACCCAAUCUAGAGGAAAUGACGAACUAAAGUCGGAAAUACUCAAUGCAAGACAAAAUAACGCCAAAGGCAACCCCUCCAAUUUGCGUUCCAAUCAAAUAGAAAAAUUUUGGAAAAGCCAACAGAACCUUGACGCGGAGAAAAAAAUGAAACUGGAGCUGAAGAAAUCAGUGUUAACUUUUACAAUGGACAAAGAAUUUGACACCAGUGUUUUCAAGAACACGAAAGGAGAGAACGUAGACAGACAGCGCGAAAAAGGUCAUAAAGUUAAAAAUCACGUGAACAAUGUCAAAAACCAUGUGGACAAUCCUGAAAGUCACGUGAAUAACGUUGAAAAUCUCACAACACCUAAUGAUGUCAGCAAUAAUGGAUUUUACUUCCAAAUCAAUGUCAAUCACGCGGGUGAAAACGUCAGCAAUUUGAAGCCGUGUGACAGACACGUGGACAAAAACAGGACUCCCAAGAAUAAAAACAAAAGCAGCAAAAGUGUGAACCAGACAAAGAACAUACGUCAUCCUGCUACAACAAUUAUAACGAUGCCGGAGAUUGGUAACUCCAAGGCGAUUUUACGGUAUACAGACAAGCGUUAUAGGCAAACUAAAAAAGUUGCCAUUGGCACGAGGUCUGAGUUAAAGUUACGCAAAAAAUCACCGGAUGUGGUGAUCAAUUAGGAUAGUGUAGGAUUAAAUGGAAAAAUAUUUGUAAUUGUUGUUUAUACAGUAUAGGAGUAAUGAGAUCAUUUGGCUAUAUAUGGGUUGAAUGAUUAUGGAUACUUUAAAUUAUAUUCAAAUUUGUGCCAUCUAUGCCUCCUAAAAUGAAUUGUUUAUCCUUCUUUGUCCCUAUGACGUUAUACUUGAAUUUUACAUGACGUAAUUAUUACAUAAUUGUAUAACUUUCUAUGUUAGCAUAAGACACCGACUUCAAUGAGCUUAGGUAGGAGACCGCUAUAGGACACUGGAUUGAAUAGGGUACCUAGUGCACUGGAUAAAUUAGGCUAAAUGACCUAGUUACCAGUCUACUAGAUGUAUGACUCCAUCGAAAUUCUUAACUUAUGAGUGAGGCAAGCCGCCAUCUUUAAAGGUGGAAAAACUGACAAUAUUUACGAAAAUCUGCUUCUUCUGCAUUGAUAUACAUUGUAGAGGUAUUUGUCUUUGUUUAGUUCUCAAACAUUAGAGCAUUCGGUUUUCAAACUUUUUUUAAAUUAUAUUCCUACCACAUAUGUACUGUAGCUUCUUUCAUCCCACCAUGUAAUUUGAUAUUAUGUAAGUAAAUAUUAUAUAUUCCUCAUUACUUGAAAUUUAAUAAUGUCUGAUGAUGUCUUCAGAGUCAAGACAAAACGUUACGCUACUCAAUAAAUAUUUCUUUUACAUAUA